AUGUCUACAUCCGGGAAGAGUCAAGUAAUUGGUGUCAUCGGUCCCACAGGGUUUGGUGGCUCAUACCUCACCGUCGAGCUCAUUCGCAGGGGACACACAGUCAUUGGAAUCUCGCGCAAUCCGCAGUCCUUCGGCACACACCCACUAUAUACGCCAAGGAUCGUGGACAUCGAGACUGCUAGCAUUGACGAUCUGGCGAACUCCUUCCGCGAUCUGGAGGUCUUGGUAAGCGAGUAUGGGCCGCACACAAAAGGAGCAGACGCGCUUCAAUACAUGCCAUACGUGGAGGUCGUCAGGAAACUCAUCCUUGCUGUCAAAUUGGCAAACACCAAAUACUUUGUGUUUGUGGGAGGCGCCGGCAGCCUCGUGGUUCCUGGAACACACGAGUCUCUAGCGGAUUAUCCGGGUUUCUUCUAUGCCUAUCGACGACAGAUGGCAGAGAGCGAUGCCCAUGUGAAGUAUAUGGAGGAGCGGCUUGGUCCGAUCGGCGCUGUCUUGCGGUCGUACCGAAACGCUCGUCUGGCAGAGAAGUCCGGUCGAGCUACCCCAGAGGACAUGGGCACGAUACGGACGUAUGAAGAAGGUAUUCGGAAGAAUGAUCGAGCGUCGGAUUAUAUCAAAGCCGGGAGAGCGUGUCUGUUGUUUUUCGAGGGGAACACUUCCUUUCCGUGGACGUUCGUCUCGCCUAGUCCUCUGUAUCGGCCGGGACCACGGACCGGGCGCUACGAGAUAACCAUCGACUACGUCCCGCUGAAGGGCGCCCAGCAGGGGGGAGAUGUAUUAGAUGGACGCCUGAGGGGCAUAUCAGCCGCAGACUUGGCUGUCGCCAUCGCGGAUGAGAUUGAGAAUCGGCAGCUGAUUCACAGGCACUGGACGGCCUCUGCUGACUUAUCCGAUGACACUAUCUAUCCUAGUUAUGUAACUGCAGAAGAUGUCUAG